CCAUGCGGUGCCUACAUGAGUGCCUACAAGUCCUGGCAGCCCUUAACGGCUGUAGCUUGUAGUUUUCAAUGAACUACCAUGGCACUGUGGAAUGCAUUGUAUAUAUAUGCUUGACCAUACAUACCGUAUAUCCCAUACACCCCAUACACCCCAUACACCCCGUACACCCCAUACACCCGUACACCCAUACAUUCCAUAUAUCCCGUACAUCCCAUACACCCUGUUUAUAUCUGCUCUCCCCGGAUCCUGCAUUCACUAUAUCCGCUCUCCCCCUCCCCGGAUCCUGCAUUCACUAUAUCUGCUCUCCCCGGACCCCGCAUUCACUAUAUCCGCUCUCCCCGGAUCCUGCAUUCACUAUAUCCGCUCUCCCCGGACCCCGCAUUCACUAUAUCCGCUCUCCCCGGACCCCGCAUUCACUAUAUCCGCUCUUCCCGGAUCCUGCAUUCACUAUAUCCACUCCCUGGACCCUGCAUUCACUUUAUCGCUCUCCCCCGGACCCCGCAUUCACUAUAUACCCGCUCUCCCCGGACCCCGGGCAUUCACUAUAUCCCCGCUCUCCCCUCGGACCCCGCAUUCACUAUAUCCGCUCUCCCCAGACCCCUGCAUUCACUAUAUCACGUUCUCCCCACCCCUGACCCUGCAUUCACUAAUAUCCGCUUCUCCAUGGACCCUGCAUUCACUAAAUCCGCCUCCAUGGACCCUGCAU